AUGCAAGUACUUAAAGGGUGCUUCAUAUAUGUAUUUUUACUUUCUACUCUGGCAAACGGGUCUCUGAAGCAUGCCUAUGAAAGUUUACAAUGGGGUAAGCGAUUCGUAGGAAGAUUACUGACCAAUAUUGUUCAGGUCAGUCCAUUAGACUGUGCUGAGGAGUGCCUGGUUCGUUCUGGAUGUCUGUCCUUCAACUACAGACGGGCUGCACUAUUUUGUGAACUAAAUUAUGAAAAUGGCACCAGUUCUGAUACAAGGCUGACUAAUGAAGACGGUUGGAUCUUUGGUCGACGAGAUUCUUGGCCUAUGGAAAUUACCGAGGAAUGCCAGAACAAAAGAUGUCAAAUCAAUGAAAAAUGUAUCUUGAAAGCUCUACACAUCGCAGAUUGUGAGAUAGCGCACUGUCAUCCAUCGAACCUUACCCUUCCAAAGAACGUCAAAAAUUUCAGUUCUGACAUAGCUUUAGAUUUUGGUAGCAAACAUAAGUUGUCCUGCUCAGACGGAUAUAAUCAGACGGGAGACGGAAUCGUUAAGUGCCUAAGGAACGGAACUUGGAGUGACGUCAACAUAAGGUGUAAUGAUUUAUCUGCAUCCUUACAUAAAUGCCAUCUUCAAAACUUAUCUCUACCAGAGAAUGUCAAGAAUUUCACCUCCGAUAUUGCUGCAGAUUUAGGAACCAGAUAUAACCUGUCUUGUGUUGACGGAUAUAAUCAGAUAGGGGACGGAAGGGUAGAGUGUCUGCGGAACGGAUCCUGGAGUGACUUAAAUAUAACUUGUGAAAAAACCCUUCAGAGAUGUUUCUACAAAUACCAGAAAAAUACAACGGUUAAAACGUACAGUGAUUCCCAGGUGUGUUAA